AUGGAGCCCACUUCCUCAGAACCAUUUGGCCAACCAGCGCGUCGUGGCCGUCCAAAAGCACCAGACGCCCCUCUUCCAGAUGAUGAACAUGGCCGUCGAAAAGCACGUAUGAGGCUUGCUCAGCGUUCGUAUCGUGUCAAGAAGGAGGACGCCUUGAGGGCGGCUACGGAAAAGUCGGCUCGACUAGAGACUGCUAUGCGCGGCAUGCUUGAUUCUUUCAAGACGUUUCAGGAAACACUGGUUAACGAGGCUGACUCGGGCACGAUACCUAAAGACCUUGCUCUUCAUAUUAGCAGAGCUGCCAUCCAGAUUGCCACCAUUUCCAAGGACAGUGGCAUUAAUGCUCCUCCUGCUACUGUUAAAUCGAAUAACUCCAGCGAGCCCCAAGACGGCCAAAAUGCCGCCCAACGCUUUGUGCAAGCCACCAUGGAGCAUACAGUCAAGAUGGUAGCCGAGGGCACUCCCACGCAUAGCUGCCUCCCCCCAGCGCUUCUGGAGCAUCUCAAACUAAGCCCUGCUCAAGUACUCCUAGCCCAAACUCUGGGUCAGUUUUCCGACGCACAGACAGCAAGCCCUGGCGAUAUCCCAUAUGCAAAGCCCGUGCUAGACGCACUAUCACCCAUGUUCCGUCUAAACCAGGGCGAUACGAGCCAGCUACUUCCUCGCCGACCACCGCCCCAUCUACAGCGGCUCACCUACGGUCUGACGCGGACCAUUCUGGCAACCAAUCUACCCGAGUUGAUGGGCGAAUGGCUUGAACCACCGGAUGUUGAAGAGUAUCUUGCACAGCGCGGAAUAAUGGUUCGUGAAAACGCGACGACAGACCUCAUUAGCUUGCAGGUUGACAGCGGGCCCGUUAAUGUUCCGACGCAAACCGAUGAUCAGUAUGGCGUUGUGGAAUUCCUACCCUCGGCUGAGGAUUGGAUCAACGACCCUGAACUGGAAAUCCCCGACACCGUUCUCGACUGGACCAUUUUUGGCUGUAUAAAAGACGAUGCACAAACUAUCCCGACUGGCAUGCGAACCAUUACGCCAUCGACAAGCGAUACCGAAGGAACAUGGGCGUCGACGCUCUCCACAUCCGAACCGCGCACUCCGCUCGGUGGGCAAGUUGACAACACAAUCACUAUUGACGUGAGUAAGCUGAUCGAUGGCCUCGCAGCGAGGGCAAGAUGCUUAGGACCGGGGCCGGGAAUACGACGGGAGGGUGUCGACGAAGCUAUCCGGGAAGCUGUAGUGUAA